AAUUCCAUCCACCUCAGCUCAGUUCAUUUCAGUCAUCAGCGCUCACUUGCCCCGUGCACAGACAAGGGAACAAAUUCAGUCAAGCUGAAUUGUCAAAGACCCAAAAGGAAAAUGGUCAAAUACAUGAGACAGAAAAACGAGUUGAAAACCGAAGAGGUCCUAUUGGAGUCUGAUAGAUCUAUGGACCAACAGGAUUUUGGCGAGAUGUCGGGAUAUUCUUUCAACGACGUCCUAUCCAAAUGUUCCGCAAUGGACCAAAUCGACACUUUUAUGAAAAACGUGCAAGUGCUGUUGGAUGCAGCAAACUACAUUGAAAAUAACGAAAAGAACAAUGGAAAAUGUGAACAUGGAUAUGCGUCAACAUUCCCCACAACUGAGACCACACAUCACCAGGGACAACGCAAAUUAAAGAAUAAAAAAAUUGACAAUCUUCACAACAGGUCAGCACACAAUGAGUUGGAAAAGAAUAGACGAGCUCACCUCCGUCUGUGCCUGGAGAGAUUGAAGUCCCUUAUCCCCCUGGGGCCCGAUUGCAGCCGGCACACAACCCUGGGGCUGCUGAACAAGGCCAAAGCACAUAUCAAGAAGCUAGAGGAGAUGGAUCGUAGGAGUCAGCACCAGCUUGAGACCCUGGAGCGAGAGCAGAGGCACCUGCAGAGGCAGCUAGCUCACCUGCAGAGCCCUGGAGAUAGGGAGAGGGUCCGCAUGGACAGCGUGGGCUCGCCUCUGCGCUCCGAUCACUCUGACUCAGACAGAGAGGAGAUUGAAGUGGACGUGGAAAGUACUGAGUUCUCCCAUGGAGAGAUGGAUAGUGUUAGCACCAGCGGCUGCAGUGACUUGGAUGACCACAGCAGCAGGCAGAGCCUGGCCAGCGAUGAGGGAUACUCCACCUGCAGUCUAAAACUGGCCUUCUCCACCUAAAGCACCAGCCUGAACCCCCACUUCAACUACAAUCCAACAUGGCUUUCUCCUCCCAAGACCCAGCCUAUAACUCUACGGUGCACUCUUGCUGCAGAGCCUGGUCGACUCUGAAGAACCAGCCUCUCCCCUAUCUCCUCCGGCAGAGUAAAAUAUGAACUACCCUUCAUCCAGCCUUAAGUUCAACUGGUCCCCUGCAAAGAAGCGGAUGUGCAGCCCCAUUUUCCCUGAACGUUUCAAAGUCACCUGCAGUUUAAAACUGGUAUUCCUAUUCUAAGAUCCAGUUCAAGUUCAACUUCGCCUGCAGUCCAAGACUAGCAUUUUUCAUAUGAUUACCAGCCUGAUACAGUUGUACUUGCAGUCUAAACUGAUCCUUUGCUAACCCUCCACUAUAGGAUCAACAGCCACUAAAAGUCCCACAACCCUAAUGUGGGCUACACACCCUACACUCUAUCCUUAUUCUUGUAAAACCAGCGCAAAGACUAACAGAAAACCAGCCAAGCUCACCAGUGACAAAAGCAACAUUGAAAUUAAAGGUGCAUAAAAGUGUCCCUUCCUUUGGAUGUCCCGAACAAACUAUUCUCACCGAGACAUAGGAAAGAGACAUCACUUGUCAAUCGCCAAGCCACCGUCUAUGGCUUAUAUGUCAGCAUUCUAGAUGGGUUUUUUUCUUGAUAGGAACUCCCUUUAGGUUCCACACCAAGCCUAGAACUUCCCAGCCAAGCAGAAACCUUUUAUCGACUGGAACACUGUCUUACCCCAACAGCUCAGACCACCUAUGGUUGUAAUUAAUUUAAAUAUUUAAUAUUUAUUUUUGCUAUAUUUUAUUGUGCUGUAUGUCUUGGCCCACUUGAAUGAAUUUUAUUGAAAAAAGAAAUUUGUUGGAUGUUUUAAUGAGUUCUUAGUUGUGUUUCAAUUGUUUUGAUUAUAAAGCCUCACUGAGUGUUACUAAGAUAUCCCCACUGAAGCUUGGCAACAGGACGUGCUCAAUGUAUCACUGGCAUACGCCUUCUUCUCAUUUUGAAACAGAUUAACGUUCAGACGAUAAUAUAUAAGCUAUCCUACACUUGACCAAGCACACGUUUUAAGCAAUAACUCAAAUUACCAAUUUUGUUGACUCUUUUUGGCACACCGUUUUGUCCGUCCAGCACCAAAUUAAAUUUUCUAGUUUUGUAUGUCAGUACAAUGGCUUUAUUGAUGAAAAUCUCAGUUGUUAAAAGAUGAUUGUAAUGAUUGGAACAGAAUUACUGAUGUGCAUGUGUUUUGAAUGUAACCUUCAGUUCUGUUGUCAUGUGCUUUGGGUUGACCUGUUUAAAAAGCCAGAACAGCAAAACACCCCAAACAGAAUUGCAGUUUAUUUACAUGGUUUUAACUAUGCUUGCGUGUAGUACUUUUGUUUCAAAUUAUAGCAGAGGGGCAUUCCAAAGUUAAAACCCUUGGUCUGUAAUUUAUUUGGAGCGAGUAUGUUAAAUAUUUGAAAUCUAAUUGUUCACAGAUAUUGCACUGCUAGCCCACUCUAUUCCAAAAAACCAAAUGAGACAUUUCAGUGUACAUCCAUGCCCAUAUUUUCCUGGUACAAGUCCUAAAUAGAUCAUUACCACCAAUGUGUCUUAACAUGACUAAGUUGACUCUUGCACACAUUUCUUAGUUUCAAGUCUUUAUCCAACGUUUGGAAAACUGUAAAAUGCACUAUGAAAAAGACUUGUAUCAAGGAAGUAAUUCUGAGCAAUAUCAGAAUGUUUUCUUUUGUCCAAAAUCAGACAUCAAAGGUGACUUUUGCAAAACAUGUGUCUGGUCUCCCGCUUAUGUUGUGUUAUGGUUCCUGGAAACUUGAUCAAUAAACCUCUGAACAUCUCUA